AUGGCCGAGCAAAAAAACACAUACCUGGAAGCGCUGCUCAUGCUAUCCAACAACGAGCGCUUCUCAGAUGCGCGCAGAAGCCUGCCCCAGAGCAUGGGCGAUGAAGCGUUGGAGAAGCUAGUCGCAGACAUAAUUCAUCGGGAAUUUACGCGGCGCGGGCUUGAAGACGUCGCGUCUACGCUUCUCGAUGCCAUUGCGAGAGAUGGGGAGACGGCGAGCGAAGACGGCGGUGGCGCACUGGAUACGAGGCAGAAGAGCAGUUCUGGCACUCAGACACGGCUUAAAAGAGAUUGCCUGCGGCCGUUGGAUCCACCAGAGGUUUCAGUCACAAGAAAACGGACGGCUGAGGCUGCGUCCGAUACGGCCGGACAGAAACGCGUAAAGUAUACACUGCGCAGUCACACUGCAAAGGAAGUGAAACCCUCACUGCGCAUCCAAACCCCACAACUCAUCCAGGGAAAACUAGCCCCAGCCAUCGGUGUCGUUUACUGGAAUCCCGUGCAGCACCGCUUUUCCCCACUUGCAUUCGACGACGAGCGCGGAGACAGCCUUGCGACGCGGAUGACGAAAAAUUUCGAUGCUGAUUACCUCUCUACCUAUAAUCAUGUCUACGAAUGGGGAAAACUGCUCCGACUGCAAGAAAAAGGCGUUGCAAGUCAGUGUUGUGCCAACAAGACCAUUAUCAACCGGUCGAAGUACCCAGGGACGCGUGAGAUGGGGGAUAUGACGACAGCGUGCGAUGCGUGCAUCAGGCAAAAACAGCUCUGUGCUCGCCUAGUCAAGGUCGAAAUGGUGAAUAAGUUUGCCUUUUUCCCUCUACCAUCUGCGUUGCGGGUCGGGAGACAGUUGCAGGAGAUUGAGUUUUGGGUGCAGAAGUAA